AUGAUGUCUUCCAACACCAAGUCUCACCGUAUUAGGAACAAGAAGAAGUCAGCUCCCAUGAUGACUCCUUCCAAUGAGCCUCUCAGUCAGCGCAUCGAGUCGGCGGCUCUUUCGCCUUCCGCUACUGCGUUUACUCCUGCUAGCGCUUUGGGAAAGAUCACCGAGAGCACCAAUGCGGAAGGUGACCCUGUCUCUGCCACUUCCUCUACCUCCGCUAUUCCGGAUGCUCCUGUGAAGUCCACCGAACACCGACUUGGAUACUCGGUCUCCUCUCCUGCUGCCUCUCAUGGCGAUGCAGAUGCAGAUGCUGAUACUCGCUCCAAUGUUGCGAAUGCUGGUUCUCCUGUUGCCGGUGUUAGGGCUAAAGUUGCUGGUGCUGGUCCCACCGCUGCCCACGCGGGUCCCACUGCUGCUGAUGCUCGUCCCACUGCUCCUGACGGGGGCAAUGUUAACGACGAGCCCACCCACCCCGGUCCAGCCCACAGCUGUGCCGAGAAGCAAGCAGUCACCAUCAUUGCCAUUAAAGCCUUCGUUCAAAUGCGCCUUCUCAGCAACGAGGUCAUCGAAGUCCCAUUGACUCCCCUACGAGUCCCCGUUAACGGAACCACCGACUACAAGAUCUGGCGGUCUUCUCUGGCACUCGUCCUCCUUCAGCAUGGGGUCUACAGUGUCAUUGAUGGUGACUUUCGCCCCCUGCCACUUGGCCACGAACUUGAGUUGUGGUAUGUGCACAUGAUCGAUACCGCGUGUGCCUUGAUUUGGAACAGCCUCUCGCAUGAGGUCAAGAAGGACCGCCACGUCCGCUAUUACCUCGAUACCAAGCACCCUCGAAAUGUUUUGCAGCUCCUUGCCCGUUCUUUCGGGGAUGGACACUGCGAGUACCAUGACGGAAACGUGCCUGACGGACUUGAGAUGUUUGGUACUUAG